UGGUGUGUGGAGCGCGGGGCGGCUCCGCGAGUCACUGGGCUGCUCCGCGCUGGCUUUCUCGCUCCCGUGUGGGUUUUCUGCAGUGUGAACGACUUCUGGAGCGAACCCCGCCCUGCACUGGACCGGGCAGCCAGCUGUCAGGAGAGCUGUUGAUGCAGCUUUCACCCUAAACACCUGGGCAGUGACAUCUGGGAGUCCCAGUCUCCAGCUGCUUCUGCCUGGGGGCAAUGGCACCUCCGGAAGCCUUGGGGGGAACGCUGAGGACAGAUCUGUUGUCCACGCACGACCCCGAAGGCAGGCCCGCAGACGGCGAGCCUGGGAGCCGCGUGUGCGUGAAAGCUCUGCACGGACGCUGCCUGCGCGCGCCGCCCCCGCUCUCGCCCGCCCAGGUUGGCUGCAGUCUGCUCGGUAACGUGGUUCUGGCGGCCGCGGUGGUGGGGCUGGUGGCGGGGCUCGCAGCGACGCAGAGGGGAAGCCGCGUGGCGGAGGUGAGGACGCUCUACGCUUCCUGCCCCACACACUGGAUUGGAUUUGGGAGUCAGUGUUUCUAUUUUUCGGACGACGUGAGGAACUGGACUUCCAGCCAGGCCUUCUGCGAGUCCCUGGACGCCAACCUGGCCCGUUUUGACAGCAUGGAGGAGCUGGUGAGAAAAGCUUUUGGGGGGGUCCUCUUGUCUGCGAUGUGCUAGAAAGACACCCCUGAAUUGGACAGGCUGUGUGGGGUUAAA